CGCUAAAUUCAAAAUUUUCAAACAGCUGAGGAGCGUGUGGUGUGAGAGAGGGAGCGGAGACACUUUUACUCCCUCAGCAGGCUAAUAAGGAAGAAAAACAAAGAGGAUUGUACUUUAAUACAAGCUUAUCAUAGUGUAUAUCAGGAUGGACCCAUUCACGGAGAAACUGUUAGAGCGCACACGUGCUCGUAGAGAAAAUCUGCAGAGGAAGAUGGCAGAGAGACCAACGGCGGCCAACCGUCCAAUGGCUAAAAGGACAAGAGAGCCACUUACAGACACAAACAGUGUCAAAAGUGAGCCGACCAUUGAAAAAGUACUUCCCUCUUCCAAGCCAUCCCCCUCAAAGCGUCGCUGUUCAGAUGAAAAUACUCUCCUUUCUGGAGAAGAAAACAAACAACCCGUGGCCCCGCAAAUGACAGCCUCUGAGCCUAUGACGGACAAGAAGCCCCCCCUGGUUCCAAGCAGUGUUCGUCCCAUGCCUGUGGAGCAAAGGUCUGCUCGUUGUACACCAGAACCAGAAGUGCUGCCCACUCGACCUCCUCCAGACACUGAAAAGAUGAUGCGCCCACAUCAAUCUCCAGCAAAAAGCACAGAUAGUAUAAUGAAGCACGCUGCUGUAGAUGGAGCCAAAGAGGCACAGAAAGAUGCACCAACCCCAGUCCUCUCCAACAUGAGAUCUCGUCUACUAAGACUGGCUGAGCAAAGGCAUUACUGGGACUCUGAGGGGACCUCAGAAACAGUCCCAGAGAACAUAGUUUCUCCUCUGAAGUCCAACAAAGUGGAUCUCCCUACUGCUUCCACAACAAGCUCUGAGUUCCCCGUUGGAAGAAAGGGUAGACUGGCAAACCUUGCUGCCACGAUCGGUUCCUGGGAAGAUGACCUUGGACACCCGCCCACUCGCCGGGACAAUGCACAAGCACAGCCUGGCAUGGCCUUUGUGCGCCCUCCUGUCAGUACAGUGACUAGUAACAGUACCAAGCCAAGUCCUGCUGUGAAACGACCUCAGACUGCCCAACCAGCUCCACAAAAGUCUGUUGCCAGCGGUCAGCAGCCAACAGUUUACUCUCCAGUCAAGUCAACUAGAGUGGUUCCACCUAGUCCUCAGAAGACAGAGUUUCCUCAGCCCAGACUGGCUCAAGCAGAUCCUUCUCCUGUUUCAAGCCCACUAAAGAUGUAUCCCUCCAGUCCACUUAAAUCUUUGACAGCAUCUCCCUCCAGUCCCCACAGAGGUUACGUCUCUCAGAGCCCCCUGAAGAACCAGGGCCCAUCUAAAUUGAGUUCUGGAGCAGCACUUAAUUCAAGCCCUACAAAACCAGUUUUGGCACCUAAACCCUCUUCUACUACUGAUGUUUCUGUCAUACAUCAGACUCGUGAGAGGUUUACCAAGGACUCCACACCCUUACAGAACAGAGGACCAGCUGGAACUACUGUAGGUGUCAAAUCAUUUUUGGAGCGUUUUGGAGAAAGGUGCCAGGAGCGCAACCAGAACUCUCCCUCCGCAUUAGGAGGUCGAGGACAAACAUCUGUGGCAACUCCCUCUGCCACCCCCAAGUCCAGGCUGCUCCAGGAGAGGCUGGGGUGCACCCAGGCCACCUCCACUACAGCCGUCCUCGCUCAGAAGCAGAAAAUGGAGCGAGAUGCAGAACUGGCACAAAUUCGUAAUCGAUUUCAAAAAGGCAACAUGUUGAGGAGCAGAGAGGAUCUCAGUGAGGUUGAGAAUGACCCUGAAAACAAGGAAGUUGAACUGUGUGUACAAAAUCAAACUUCUGCGCUGGUGCCUGAAGUACUCAACAGUCCUGCUGAAUCUAGUUCAAAAGGUAAGGAAUGUGCUUUUCCAAGCCCUGCAAAGGAAGUGGAAUUUGCAGAAAAGAUCCCUAUGGUGAAAGAGCAAGAGGAAGUGAAAGAAAUAGAUGAUGUGUGUGAGAUAGAGAUGAACGUGGAUGGCUCGGUUAACUCUGAGGUGAUAAAUGAGCUGUUUGAUGGAGUCCUGGAUGAGAGUGAGGAACAAAGUGAUGAGGAGGAUGCAGAUGAAGAUGCUCUGAAUAUCUCCUCCAUGUCUCUCCUUGUUCCACUCGCAGAGACUGUGGCAGCUGUGGUCAAGAGCCCAGAAAGAAUUCCUAUGACAUCGACUCCUGCCAGCUCAUUUAUUGAGAAGAAUUCCACCCCUGAGAGUGUGUCCAGACCCAGUAAGUUCCAAAGGACACGCAUGUUACGAGCUGGAUCAUCUGACAGCAUUGAUGUCGCAGAUGAGCAGCAAAACCAGAACCUUCCCUACAGCAUCGAUGCCUACAGAUCCACAAGAAUUAAGACCGAGACAGAGAGACCUCAUGUUAAACAGGUGAUAGUGAGGAAAGAGGAUGUGUCUCAGAGAAUGGAGACCAAUGGGAGCUCAAGUCACAUCAACAUCAAGCAAAAAAUGAAGAUGUUGACCAAUGAGAUGAACCUGCAGCAGACAGUGAUCCAUCAGGCUAGUCAGGCUCUCAACUGCUGCACAGAUGAAGAUCAUGGGAAAGGAUCUCAAGUGGAGGCUGAGGCUGACAGACUGCUGCUAAUUGCCACUGAAAGGAGGGCCGCUCUUAAGGCUGAACUGGACCGGCUUAAAGCAGAGGGUACAACAGCACAAAAGAAAAGCACAAGCAGUGCCCAAGUGGAUAUGGGUAUACCUGCUUCUAAAGGGUCCAUCUCACUGCUGGAGCUGCGACUCCCUCUGAAGGCUGACUUUAUCUGUUCUUCUGCCAACAAGCCUGAGUGUGGAAACCAUUACUUCUUUGUGAUGAUCCGUGCUGGAGCGGAGAACACAGUGGCGACUCCUCUGGCAAGCGCACGCACUGGUCUAAGUGGCGAUGCUUUAACCUUCUCCACCAAAUUCACUUUAUCCGAUGUCUCUAAUGACUUUGAGAUUGAUAUUGAAGUCUACUGUUUAGUUCAGAAAAGGGAGCUGAACCCUGAGAAGAGGAAAAAGCUCAAGUCAAAGAGCAGCAGUGUCCAGAUUCUCCUGAGGCAUUUCCAUGACAUGGAAUGCUUGUUGGCUAUCACACCAAAAAGGUUCCUUGCUCUCUCUAAGAGCAAUCUCCAAACACCUGUUGUGGCAAGCCCCGGUGGUCCAAACUCAGUUCGCACCAGUAGCUUCGUACUUGUCGGAUCACACAAGCUAACUCUUGCCUCUAUUGGGAAAAACAAAUUCCUGUUGGAGAAGAUCAAAUAUGAAGGGGUUGAAAGAGAGCUGCUCAGUGACAUGUUUCACAAAAAGGUACCUUUCCUUUGUCCUUUGGAGGGGCAUGUUUACCUGAAGAUGCAGUGCGAGGUUGGCUCACGGAUAGAGGAAAGAGGCUUCCUGACUAUGUUUGAGGAUGUCAGUGGAUUUGGAGCAUGGCACAGGAGGUGGUGUGUUCUUUCAGGAUACUGCAUCUCUUUUUGGACCUACCCUGAUGAUGAAAAACGAAAGAAUCCAAUUGGUCGCAUUAACCUUGCCAACUGUACCAGUCGUAAAGUGGAGCCAGCAAACAGAGAGUUCUGUGCUCGGCCCAAUACCUUUGAGCUCAUCACUGUGAGACCACAAAGAGAGGAUGACAGAGAGACUCUGGUCAGCCAGUGCAAGGACACACUAUGUGUUACAAAGAACUGGCUGAGUGCCGACACUAAGGAUGAGAGGAAUCUGUGGAUGCAGAAGCUCAACCAGAUCUUGAUAGACCUGCGCACUUGGCAGCCAGAUUCAUGUUACAAACCCAUGUAAGCCUGCUCCCAUCGGGCACCAAGGGCCAAAAGUAUCCUAGUCUGACUUUCGCAAAGACUGUGUAUAUGUCUGAUUUGGAAGUGCAAUAUGGCAUCACAGUUACACAGUGUUAACAGGUGCAUUUUACAAGUUUGUUAAAAGCCAUACAUUUAGAGACAUUUAAAUUAAACUACAAAAUGCUUUGCCUUUCAAGGGUAUUCAGGUAAGUUUUUGAUACUUUUGUCUGUGUAAUUUAGCAAGGAUUGCUUAAAGACUAAUGAAAGUUUGUAUGCUUUGUUAGAUUGUCAAUUUGUUUACGCAUAUGUAAAUGUCUUUUGCAUGACUGCUGUGUGCUGAGGUACCUGCUGUAGUCAGAUAUCUCCGAAUAUUUGUCGAGCAAGACAGGAGGUAGUGUCUGACUCUUUAAAUGAUCCACACAUUUAAUGUCAGUACUUUCUGGUGACCAAUUUCAUUUUCAUAUUAAGUACUGCCAAAACCCAUGAUCAGUUUUUAUAUUUGCUGUUAUAGGGAUGACUUAAAGGUUUUGCUCAUCUGUCACUGGAAUCAGAAAUUUAUUUGAAUGAGAUUGUUUGGGAUUUGUUUGGAUUAGAGUUAUGAAAAUGGAGAAAUUUAUAUUUAUAUAUCAGCUUCUUGAAGUACACAGUGGAGAGCUCACUUGGAUAAUUAAAGGGAAAUGUUUUUGUAUCUCCUUUUUGACAUGUAUGGGCAGUGUUGGUCCUGUCUGUGGUUAAAAAGCUGCAGACAAUUGAAAACACAAUUAGAUCCUUCCCUAUGUCACCAAAGCUCUUUUGAGCUCAGUUUCUGCAAUAACACUAUGAUGAGGGAUAUGUGCCUUCAAGAGUAUGGAAUUGUUAUGGAUAUUUAGCAUAGAAAUUCCCCUUUUUUUUAUUGAAAAGGUUUUUGUUUUCUUUACGUGACCCAGAUAACUUCACAAUAAUUGAGUUGAAAUAUUUAUCAUGCACACCCCAUAUUUUCUAAGCUCUCCACAACAUAUAUUCUUGUUAUUUUGCUUUCUGUAACUUUUAUAUGAACAUUUUAUAACAUUUUAAGGGUUCUAACUAACUUUAGAUUAAUUUGAUCUAUAUCCAAAUGUGUUUGAAUGUGACAUUUACAAAAGCUUUUUUAAUAUACACUAAAUGUCAUAUUGCCUUGACUGAGACAAAUUUCUUAACCUUGUCAUACACAAUACCAAAAUUUAGCCCCCAUCACUGUAGUAAUCUUCAGGCACUUUAGUGUUAUGGCUGUUUUGUGUGUUAUUGUAUGUUAAAACACUCCAAAUGUGGCUUCCAUGUAUCAAGCAGAGCUGCAGUUUAAAUAAAACAAGAUUUUGACAAAA